CCUGUUUCCACCCUACGACUGAUUGGAACCAGGCAGACGUCGCAGAAACUAGUGGGGCUCGCAGGCUUCGAUUACCUUUCUUUAACAUUGUCGAGCAUGCUGUCGUUCACACAGAUUGGCAUCACUUAUCGCUAUUCUAUCUUAACGUCUUGAGUUUGUCAGGCUGAUGAGCUAGCAUCGCCGUAAUGAUGUCAAGCAACGAAAAGCUAAAGACUGACCAUCCGUCAUUCUUGACUAUGGAUCCCACGAUGGUCACCAUCUUCGUCGGUCCAGAAAAGAAGCCUCACACUGUUCACAUGGAUCUCCUCACCCACUAUUCAGACUAUUUCAGAGCCAUGUUCAAAGGAUCGUUCAAAGAAGCAGAAGAGCGAAAAACCAGCAUGGAAGACGUCCAAGACUCGCUAUUCGGCUACUUCCUAGACUGGCUCUACCAUCAAACCCUCCCUUGUCCACUUUCAGACUGCACUCUCCAUCCCCGUCCGACACGAACCAUCAAUCCAGGAACCAAGCUCAGUAGAGCCAAAAAGCUGGAUCUAGUCACACGUCUUUACGCGCUCGGCGAUCAAUACGAGAUCCCCAACCUCCGAAGGGAUGCCAUAGACCACAUCUUCUACUACUACGACCGCCUGGAAGUAGUGCCCGACUACAGAAGCGUCAUUCUAGCAUACGACAACCUGCCUGAGGACUCUCCGCUCUGCCAGCUUCUUAUCGACAGGUAUUGUCGGAAUGGAUAUCGAGCGUCGGUGCAUGAUUAUGGUGAGGAUAAGGAGUUGAAUAAAGAUGGGAAGCUGCGGUCUGAUCUUCCUUAUGCGUUUCUCCUUGGGAUGAUGAUCAAGGGGCUUGGUACCAUUGCGCAUCUUGUAGAGGGGAAUGAACGGAAGACGGGGGAUGUAUGCGAUUAUCAUGAGCAUGCUGAUGAUGAGGAACGGAAGAAGUGUAAGGAGGAGAGGGAGGCUAGGACGAUGCCUACGAGAAUCAAGACGAUUGAGACCGCUACGGAAGUGCAAGCACCUACAGUAAAUGUUCCGACGCCGACACCAACAAGGACCCAGCCAUCGAUUCGACGAUGGAUCAGUAAAAUACCACGAUUCUGAGGCGAAUGGCGGCUAUGCAUGGGGAGCUUCACAUGCAGAAGAAACUGGCAUCCGGUUUGCCGCAUCGGUAUCGACCUUAUUCCUCUUUUCACACAGGAGUCUUCAUCGGCUUCCGAUUACUCACGCUCAUCGUCUAUUCGACCACGUUUCGCAUCUCCUGCCGGCUACAAGCUAUCUAGCGCUUCUGUGGGCAAUUAUAUCGUUCACGAGUUGUCGAGUGAUCGACGACUUGCCACACAUAUAGUGAUUACAUGGCUUAGAAGAGGCUGGAUAUUUGUGAAUACCAUAAGUACGUUGACAAUGGAGACUAGAAGAAUUGUAAGAAGGUAACGAAGCGUGAAGCUAAGGUUACAAAGACUACGAAGGCGGAGAUUCGAUGACAGACCAGCCACUGGGAUAAGAAUGUAACCGUA